UCUAAUUAUGGACAGCCUUCAGUUAUUUUUGUGGUGACUGCGCGCCGGGGACUGCUCUGCUGGGACGCCUCGCUCGGAUCAAACAAAUCACCAGCAAAAAAAAAUAAUAAUAAUUUUUUUUUUUUAAAUCCAAUUUUUCAUUCGGGAAGAUGGAACUACAUCAAAGAAAUGAGAGGAUUGUGGUUACUGGGGCCGGUUUGAGAAUGUCAGCCUGAGGAAUCAUCAGACAAGCGGCUACAACAAGAUGGCAGAAGUGUGCAGCGAAAGCUCGUUCCCAGCAAGACUUCGGCCGUCCACCAACACGUCCGACGAUGAACUCGACGCCAUGGAAAACGGGGACAGCAGGGCCCACUCUCUUCGCCAAGACGCCGCCGCGGGAGCCCUGUCCUCGGGGCCUCGUAGAAGCCCACACAGAGGUGGUGCGGCGUUGGCCAGGCUGUCUUACCUCUUCCUCAUGCUGCGGGACUGGGAAUCCCACAGAGUGAACCCUACAGAGGAGAGGAAUGACUCCUUGCUGGAGCGCAUCAGAGGCCCGGCCCUUAAAGAUGCAACCAGUGGGGAGAGCGACCGCAGCGAAACACGCAGGAAGAAAGAUCUUUCCAGUAAGUGGCCUCUCGCCACCUACAACACAAAUAACUGCAACAACACAGAUGACAAAAAAGAGGACAAGAAAGACGAGAUCAAGAAAGAGGAGAAGAAGGAGGAGAAAAAAGACGACAAGGACGGAGACAAGAAGACGGAAGAAAACAAGGACGAGAAGAAGGACGAAAAGAAAGAGGAGAAGAAGGACGAAAAGAAAGACGAGAAGAAGGACGAAAAGAAAGAUGAGAAGAAAGAUGACAAGAAAGACGAUAAAAAGAAAGAGGAGCCUCCGAAAGAAAUCUGGAUUAUGGAUCCAUCUGCAGACCAGUACUACAGAUGGCUGAGUGUCAUUGCAGGCCCCGUGUUUUAUAACCUGAUCAUGAUUGUAACAAGGGCCUCCUUUAAUGAGCUCCAAUAUUCGUACACCAAACUCUGGAUAGUCUUGGACUAUACCUCAGACAUCAUCUACUGCAUGGACACAUUUGUCAGAUCAAGAACAGGUUACCUGGAACAAGGACUGUUGGUAAAAGAUGCCAAAAAACUGAGAGCUAAAUACAGAACAACGUCUCAGUUCAAAUAUGACAUGAUUUCAAUGAUACCCACAGACCUACUCUUUCUGCAGUACGGCUUUGACAAUCCAGAGUUUCGUUUCAACCGUCUUUGCAAAAUCCAGAGGCUCUUUGAGUUCUUUGAGCGCACCGAGACGAGAACCAGCUUCCCAAACAUGUUUCGUAUCAGCAAUCUCGUGCUUUACAUCCUCAUCAUCAUCCACUGGAAUGCUUGUGUUUUCUUUUCCAUUUCGAAAAGCAUUGGCUUUGGAUCCGACACGUGGGUCUAUCCCAACAUCAGUCACCCAGAGCACGGUCGCUUGGCACGAAAGUACAUCUACUCCCUAUACUGGUCGACACUCACCCUCACCACCAUCGGAGAAACCCCAGCACCAGUGAAAGACGUUGAAUUCCUCUUUGUCAUUGGGGACUUUCUCACCGGUGUGCUAAUCUUUGCUAGUAUUGUCGGUAACGUUGGUGCCAUGAUCUCAAACAUGAAUGCCUCUCGUGCCGAGUUUCAGGCAAAGAUCGACUCCAUAAAGCAGUACAUGCAGUUUCGAAAAGUCACCAGAGACUUGGAGGCCAGAGUGAUCAAAUGGUUUGACUAUCUUUGGACUGAAAAGAAGACCUGCGACGAGAAAGAAGUUUUGAAAACUCUCCCGGACAAGCUCAAGGCGGAGAUCGCCAUCAACGUCCAUUUGGAUACGCUAAAGAAAGUGCGAAUUUUCCAGGACUGUGAAGCUGGUCUGUUGAUCGAGUUGGUGCUCAAGCUGCAGCCACAGGUGUUCAGUCCUGGAGAUUACAUCUGUAAGAAAGGGGAUAUUGGCAGGGAGAUGUACAUCAUAAAGGAAGGAAAGCUGGCAGUGGUGGCUGAUGACGGAGUCACUCAGUUUGUGGUGCUCAGCGACGGGGCAUACUUUGGAGAAAUCAGUAUCUUAGGCAUCAAGGGGAGUAAAGCCGGUAACCGACGAACGGCCAACAUCCGAAGUGUGGGUUACUCCGAUCUCUUCGCCUUGUCCAAAGAUGACUUGAUGGAGGCGCUCACCGAGUAUCCGGAUGCCAAGAAAGCUCUGGAGGAAAAGGGCAAAGCCAUCCUGAUGAAAGACAACCUAAUCGACGAGGCGGUGGCGAAUGCGGGCGCGGACCCCAAAGACCUGGACGAGAAGAUUGUGAAACUGCAGGGCAACCUGGAUCUGAUGCAGACCAAGUUUGCUCAGCUGAUGGCAGAAUUUACCUCCACCCAGGCACGGCUGAAGCAGAGGGUCACUCAGAUGGAGGAAAAAGUCAAAUCCGUGAAACCGGAGGACCUCGACGAAGUGGUGGCUGACAAAGACAAAAAGGUCCAGUGAAAAAAAAACAAUCAAAAAAACCAUCACUGGAGAACUGUGAAAGUGAUUCUCUUUUAUGUCAUAUAAAUGCCCACAUUUUUAACUAUUUGUACGUUGUGUUUAUUAUCAUCAUCACAUUAUGUGUCAAACUGUGUACAGUGAAUGCAGAGAGUCUUUUUUUGUGCUUUCUGAUUAACUGCUACUUUUGUCGUCUUCAAACAAUUUGAGUGUGUUGAGAGGAAGCACUUGUUUAUGCCAAAAAUUGGCUUUUCAUAGCCUUAGGAUGACUUUUUCCCCCCUGAUAAGAAUUCAGAUUAUUCAGGUAAAUGUAUUGCUCUUCUUAAGCUGCACUGUUUACUGUAUAAAAAUGUCAACAUUUUAAAAAGCCAGUACUGUUUAUAUGUUACUGUCAGCGUACUCUUACAAAUAUGAACG